AUGAGUGAAGCCGAAGCAACAACAUCUGAACGUGAAACAAUAAACAAUAUCGGUGAUGAAGAUGAUUUUAAUGAUGUUAAUGAUGUUAAUGAUGAAAGGAUAUUGGGAAAGGUUUUUGAUACACCCGAUGAUACCUGUACAUUUUAUAAUGAUUAUUCAAUUUGGCAUGGCUUUAGUAUACAUAGAGAUGACACAAUUAAAAAUCCUAAAACAAAUGAGCAUUUUCGGAAGAUAUAUGUAUACAACAAAGAAGGCCGUUUCAAAUGGAUGGACAAAAAUGCUUCAAGUGAAAAUGAGAAAAAACGUCGUAGAGAUGUUAGAACCGGAUGUCAAGCAAAGCUUCGAAUAACAAGACAGGAGGAUGGGAAAUGGUUAAUGGACUCGCUUAAUGACACACACAAUCACGACUUGACCAUGACACAUACGAAGGUUAUGAAACAUCGAUCUCAUAGCAAUUUCCACCGUUCAAUAGAAGGUAAAUCUCUUAUGGUGCAAUUUGGUCAAGAAGGGUUGAAACCUUCUCAGAUUAAAAAGGCUGUUAAUACAAUGAAAACCGCAAAUGUAGCUGACGUAACUUCAAAGCAAUGUGCUGAUGUCUUAUCUAAGCAUCAAAAACAACAUAGAGGAAAGGAGUUCUAUGGACUUAUAAAACAUUUUCAAGAUAAAACAUUAGUUGAUAGUGACCAGUAUUUUGUCAUGGAUUUGUCUGAUGAUGGGUAUCCUAGAAAUAUCUUUUGGGCUGAUGGUAGAUCAAGAGAUGCCUAUACAAAAUUCAGAGAUGUUGUUGUGUUUGAUGUCACUUAUAUGACUAACAAAUUCAAGAUGCCUUUUGCUCCCUUUACUGGGGUGAAUCAUCAUGGACAAUUUAUACUUUUUGGUGGAGCAUUGCUUGAAAACGAAAAGGAAGAGACGUUUAAAUGGUUAUUUGAACAUUUCCUCAAAUGUAUGUUUGGCAAGUAUCCGCAGACAAUUAUUACUGAUCAAGACAAAGCAAUGGGAAAUGCAAUAAAAAAAGGUGUUUCCGAAGACUCGACAUCUGACACCAUUGAACAAAUUGAAGCAACAUGGGAGGUUAUGUGUACUAAGUAUGAACUGGAAAGCAACUGUUGGAUUAGUGACAUGUAUAACCAACGUAUACAUUGGGCUAAACCCUUCUUGAAUGAUACUUUCUUUGCUGGUAUGACAACAACCAGACGAAGUGAGAGUAUUAAUUCAUUUUUUGAUGGAUUUGUUAAUUCGAGGACCAUGUUGAAUGAAUUUGUUGAACAAUACGACAAAGUAGUUGAGUCUCGAAGGGCCGCCGAAGAAGAUGAAAACUUCAAGACUAUGAACUUGAGGCCGGUUCUUUCUUCAGUGCAUCCAAUCGAAGCAAAAGCAGGUCAAUGUUAUUCCAGAAAGAUGUUGGAUACUUUCAAAAAAUAA